AUGAAUCACCAACGAGUACUCGCUCCCAUGGUCCGCUCAGGGGAACUGCCCUCCCGCCUUCUGGCCCUGAAAUACGGCGCGGACCUCGUCUGGGGCCCCGAAACAAUCGACAGAGCCCUAAUCGGCUGCACCCGCCGCAUAAACCCGCGCAACUCCAUGGUCGAGUUUACUCGCCUGCCCUCCAACGGUGGGCGCGAAAAUAACCAAGCCGCGAAAGAAUCCAUAAUCUACCGCCUCGAUCCGCAUCGAGAAAGCGGGAAGCUGGUCUUCCAAAUCGGCACCGCCUCCCCCGACCUAGCCGUCCAGGCCGCCAAAAUCAUCGCGGCAGACGUCGCCGGCAUAGAUGUGAACGCCGGCUGCCCUAAACCAUUCAGCACCACCGGCGGCAUGGGGGCUGCCCUCCUCCAGACCCCCGAUCGCCUCGUCUCCAUCCUCACAGCCCUGGUGCAGCAAGUGGGCACCCCCUAUCAGAUCGGCAUAUCCGUGAAAAUCCGCCUCCUCGCCGACCCAGAACGGACCCGUGACCUCGUCACCCGCCUCUGCGCCACAGGCAUCACAGGCUUGACCGUGCACUGCCGCACGACCCCGAUGCGCCCGCGCGAGCGCGCCAUCCGCGACCAACUGCCCAUGAUCGCCUCCAUCUGCCGCGCCGCCGGCGUCGCCAUCCUGGUGAACGGCGACGUCGAGUCGCGCGACCACGGCCUGGCGCUGAUGGCCGAGUACGGUGUCGACGGUGCCAUGAUCGCCACCUGCGCAGAGGCAAACUCGUCCUGCUUCCGUAGCGCGGCCGACGGCAGCCUCCUCCCCUGGCGCGCAAUCGUGCGCGAUUACAUGGAUCUCUGCCUGCAGUGCGAGAACAAAUGGGGCAAUACCAAGUAUCUGCUCAACAUGCUUAUUCCGGGCAAGGAGCGGGCGUUCAAUGCCGCGAAGCAGUCCAAGUCGUAUCAGGACUGCUGUCGGGUGCUGGGGUUUGAGGACUUGAUUGCCCGGGCGAGAGAGGUGGAUGAGAUUAUCGGGCGGACGCCUGCUGCUGAUGCUGCUUCUGUGCAGGAUGACUAUGACUCGGUGAGUGACAAGAAGAAGCAGAACACAAAUAAGAAAUAUAAGAAGAUCAAAAGUCACGCGGUGCAAAGGGCCAUGUUGACGAAUGAGACUGCCAAGGCUGCGGGCAUCAGUGCUGGUGAUUGCAAUGCGUAUCCUGUUCCUGGUGGUAGAAUGGGAAGGGAUAAAGGCGUUAAGAAAACGGCCGGUACGUCCACGGUGGGCGAUGGGAAUGUGAAUCUGGGGCCUGAUGCAGCUGCCGUCUUGAUGGAUAUGAACAUGGCUGCUGCACACCCACGUCCUGCGAUGGAGAAUGCGCCUGUCGCCAGUCCUCUACACGGUUGA